GCGCCGGAAGGCGGGCUGCAUCCGGCGUCGGCGGGCUGGAUGUGGAGGCGGUGCCGCCGCACCGGGCGCUGGAGCCAGGGGCAGUCCCGCUAUGCGAGAGACUCUGAGGCCCGCAGGUGAGACGCUGCCUGGUUGCGGCCCGCGGGAGGCCGCCCUGCCGCCGAGCCCAGCACAACAUUAAACCUGUAAUGAAAUGGAGUCUGGAUCAAGCUCUUUUCGAGUGGAAUUUCCAGAUUUUUCUAGCACCAUUUUGCAGAAGUUAAACCAGCAGCGCCAGCAAGGACAACUGUGUGAUGUGUCCAUCGUAGUGCAGGGCCAUCUCUUCAGAGCCCAUAAAGCAGUUCUUGCAGCUAGUUCACCCUAUUUCUGUGAUCAGGUUCUCCUAAAAAACAGCAGGAGAAUAGUCCUGCCUGAUGUGAUGAAUCCCCGAGUGUUUGAGAACAUUCUUCUGUCUACCUACACAGGUCGGUUGGUAAUGCCUGCUCCAGAAAUCGUGAGUUACUUGACAGCUGCAAGUUUCCUUCAGAUGUGGCAUGUAGUGGAUAAAUGCACUGAAGUGCUAGAGGGGAACCCAACAGUUCUGUGUCAGAAGAUGAACCAUGGCAGUGAUCAUCAGUCCCCCAGCAGCAGCAGUUACAAUGGCCUUGUCGAAACCUUUGAACUUGGCUCUGGAGGUCAGGCAGAGUUCCACAAGGUGCAGGAACUAAGAGAUGGUGAAAAUGAAGAAGAGAGCUCUAAAGAUGAACUGUCAUGUCAGCUGACUGAACACGAGUACCUUCCCAGCAAUUCUUCAACAGAGCACGAUAGGCUCAGCACUGGAAUGACAAGUCAGGAUGGGGAAGAAGGCACGAGUGACAGUGCAGAGUAUCAGUACACCAGACCUCUGUAUAGCAAACCCAGCAUCAUGUCCCACAAGCGGUGGAUCCAUGUCAAACCAGAGAGAUUUGAACAGGACUGUGAAGGUGUUGAUAAUCCUUAUGAUGAACAUCAAGUUUCUGAAUCCAUGAAUGCCAUUCAGGCUGAUCAUUCAAUCCAGUCUUCAGGUGUUGAAGACUUCCACAUAGGUGACAAAAAGAUGGAAGCAGAAUUUGAUGAACAGGCCGAUGAAAGUAAUUAUGAUGAACAAGUUGACUUCUAUGGCUCCUCAAUGGAAGAAUUCUCUGGUGAGAGGGCAGAUGGAAAUUUAAGUGCUCACAGACAGGAUCUUAUGAUAGCAGCAGGCUACGGCGAAGGCAUUGAAAUGACUACAGGAAUUAAAGAAGAAACAUCCCUCACUGGAUUCUCCCAUGCUGAUAAGCUGUAUCCUUGUCAGUGUGGUAAGAGCUUUACACACAAGAGCCAGAGAGAUCGGCAUAUGAGUAUGCACCUGGGCCUUCGACCUUAUGGCUGUGGUGUCUGUGGUAAGAAAUUCAAAAUGAAACACCAUCUUGUAGGCCAUAUGAAAAUCCAUACAGGCAUAAAACCCUACGAGUGUAAUAUCUGUGCAAAAAGAUUUAUGUGGAGGGACAGUUUCCACCGGCACGUGACCUCUUGUACCAAGUCGUAUCAAGCUUCUAAAGCUGAGCAGAGUACUACUGAGAUGAACUAAGACAUGAGUGCUUACAGUUGUUUAGUAGGAUAAGCAAAAUAAACUUAAUUAUGCAAAUAAUGUCUGGUACUUGCUAUUGUAAAUUCUCCAAGAAAAACAAGUUUCAAUGAUUAUGCUGGUAUAAGCAGACCAAACUUUCAUUUUAUUUUCCAAAUAAAAUGAAAUACUGCUCUAAGUGUUCAAUGUGUGAAGUGUAAAGAGUGCUUGCAGAAUGUCUGUAAGGUCUUUGUGACAUUGCUUAUAAUCACAGCAGUAUUUAGAAGCCCUGUUGUUUUUCUGAGUCUUCUAAAUUCACAGAAAAGCUCAGCUCUAAAUUGAUCCAAAUCCUGCAAAUACUUACAGGAAACAGGAAUUCAGGUAGUCCUACUUAGUGGAAAAGAUAACUAGGAUGAUAAUACCAGGAUUCACAUUUUAAUGAAACAAAAUAGGAAUCUACCUUAAAUUGGAGACUGCCAACAUACUUAACAUGCAUAAUUAGCUAGUCCACAUCAUUAAAUAGCCUUUGUUUGAUUGCUUAAUGAAAGGCUGUGUUAAAGGUGGUUUGGCUUUUAUGUGUCUUCCAUUUUUUUAUCCUUCAGUAAAACAAAUGUCUAAUUUUCUGCUAAUUUCUGUUUAGUGUGUGAAGCACUUAAAUAUAGUUGAGCACUAAAUAAACUUCAAUCUGAAUAAAGUAUAAUUUUCUUUGCUCCUCUAGGGUCUAAUGCUGAUUGGCUCUUGGCUUGAUUGCUAUAUGGUGAGAGCUUCUAGAAGUGCAUGUAACAAGUAUGCCUUGUGAGGGGAAAAAAAAAGUAACUGGAGAGUAUCCAGGAUAAUCAAACAUUUAAACUGUAGUUUUCUGAUCAGAUUUUUGUGGCUUACUACAGUAGCAAGUACCAAACUGUGGAUUCAAGAAUUGACUUCUAAUUGGUACAAAAACUUAUUUGAGAAUUCCUAUGUAGUUUUAGAAACCUGCUUAAGGAAAAUUAUGUAGUCACUGAUAGGUAUUUAUAUACUUCUAAUUCUUUGCUCUUUAAUAGUAAGAACUAUAAUACAGAUUCUUGGUACUGAACUACUGUGACUGGUUACAUGUGAUCACAAGCACCAGAGUUGUUUACCUCUUCACAUGGAGUUGCUUGUGGGGAAAAGUGGAAGGUGUAGUAUUUGGAUCUAUUAAUGGUACUGCAGCACAGGGUACCAUGCUCAUGUCUGAAGUCCAGAUUUUUGCUGGGAAAAUGGCACUUCUGCUUCGUUAGGAUGAGGAUCUAUAUGCUGGGCUCUCAUUCUUAGAGAUGGAGGGAUGAGUAUUUGUAGUUCUGAGAGAUGCUGCCAGCUCUGCAGGUAGAGUGAAUGCAUCAGUUGUAAAGGUAACAACAGGAUUUGGGGGUUGAAAGCUUAAUGCAGUUCUAUGCAAAAGCAAAUAAACCUUCAUUGUAGUUUCCUGAAACAUAUAAAAAGGAAAGAGCCUUUAGAGCAUGCAUAGAGACUAGAAUAGAAAGAUGUGAUGUCCAAGAACAGUGCUGGUAACAUGGGCAAAGUGUUACCCAGCAUCAAAGGCCUAACUAAGCCUGUCUGGCCCCAGUUUAUGUAUGAGGUGCUUCAAUGUGCAGGAUAACAGAUUUCAAACAGAUGGCCCUGUGUGGUGAAGCAAAAGAAGACAUAAUUACUAUUUAGAUGAUUUUUUCAACUCCCAGUUAGAAAUUGUCUAAAGAUAGAACUGAGCUGUAUCCUGAACAUGAAUGUCUGGUACAAGCUGGGGGAUUCCUACUCAGUGGACUGAAAUGACUGUAACUUUUUUUCUGGCAUUCUACUUACAAAUCUUAAAUUUUUUAAGAGGCUCUUUAAUUCUUAAUCUUCUAAUUCUUCAGAUAUUUUUCAUAUGAAAUUUUGUUAAAACAGAUAUUCCCAAAUAUGAUGAACCCAUUGCUGGCAAUGGGCAUGAAUGGUCAGAAUGGUGAAUGCCACAGAGUUCCUAUUCUUAGCACUUAGUUGAACUCUACAGUAUACCAUGGUGGCCAUAUAUAACCCUUGUAAUCAAGGUAACUAAACAGGGAUUUGCUCAUUAACACUGUAACCUGCUUAAUGUAUAGAAGCACUUUGUAUUAAAAGAAAAAAAAAACAAACACAAAAAUCCCCACAAACCAUAAAACUAUAUGUUUUUUAAACUUAGAAAUAAUAUUCCCUUUAUGGUUUGUUUCCACACCUAACACCUAGUCUUUUUUAAUACAAAAAAAAAAUAAUAGUAAUGCUUAAUGCUUGCCUGUUUACAUGAGUGUAAAGGGUUCUUGCACUCCGUGGCCCUAGUUUUUCCAUUCUCCAUGGCCUUACUACACACAGGGUGUCGUUUCUGCAGGUACCAUGUUCACAUUUGAGGGAAGGUAUUCUCAUGCUCAUUUCAAGAAUGAUCUUGUAUAUUACAUCAGUUCUCAGCCCCUUACAAAUUGCCACUGCAGUGUUGCAUAAAAAGGUUAAGGGUGCCUCUCCCCAUGUAAUGAUAACAAAGGCUGUUCAGGAAUGUCAGGCUGAAAACCAUGGUCAGGCAAAAACUUUCUUGUAAACCCAGACCAUCCUACAGAGCUGCCAGCAAAACGGUUUCUUCUACCACCUUGGAAUGGGUUUUAUAUGGGACAUUUCAGAGUUAAACAUUACUGCUGUUUGCAGUCAAAUUACUUUGAAAUAAAGCUUUAAGUAAAAUGUACUGUGAGAGACACUUUAAAGGUUUUAUAGCAGGUCCAGUAGAUCAUAGUAUAGAACUAUGGCUUUUUUUAAUGACUUAGCAUGAGUAGUAACUUCUUAAUCUUUGCCUGUUACUGUUUUACCCUGUGUUAUGACAUUGUCUUGAAAGUCCAGCAAGAUCUAGUUAAGAGAUUGAUGAUUUAAGGGAAGCUUGAAAUACAUGUCUUAAAAUCUGUACUUUUGCUUAUCACAGGCAGAACAGUUGUCUUGCAGUGUUUUUCCUGAACUUAAUUUAUUGCCCUCUGGCAAACUUCUAAUCACCAAUUCAGGUAUUGGGGGAAAAUGAUAACAAAAAUUUUCUCAAAAGCUUAAGGAAACCUCUUUCCUCCUGCUUCCUCAGGCUCAGCUUCACUCCAACACCUCUCCCCUGCCUUUCUAGUCCGUUCCCCUCGUUGUCACUGAGACCAUGUUCUCGGUCCAUGCCAGCUCCUUCAGUGAGGUGACAGAUGACACAGGAGGUUUGGCUCAUGUUUACUGGCUUGUGUGACACUCUUCAUCUCUUAGUGGGUGUCCUCUGCUGUCCUGCACUGUUACUGGUGACACUGUGCCCUUCAGGGAGGUGCCUGUUCCAGCUUGGGUCUCUUAUGGGCCUCAGUUACUUCGAAGAUGUACUGCUUCUUGCAUGGCUUACCUACAGACCAAAGUCCCCUCCACAAUGAAUCUCCAGGCAUGGCCUGUGUCCUCCUGUGAGCAUGUCUCUGUACAUGUCCUCAGUGUCUUCUCCAUGUAUUUUCCCAAGAGCAGCUCUUCAGUUUCUCCACAUGUUCCUUCCCCAGGAGUAUCUUACGUGUCUCCCUGCACCUCUGUGGAGCUGCUGCUACUCUUUCUUACAAAUGGUAAAGCAGAGACACUGACACCUUUAUUUCAAGUUCUGGCCAGCAAUGGAUUUUGUACAUGGGUUUCAGUGGAGGCUGGAACCAAUCUUGAGUAGCCCAGGGCAGUUUGCAACCUCUUGCCACGGGGUGCCUCUGGAGCCCUCUGCUACUGAAACCCUGCAACUUGUGGCCAGUGCAGUUGUACAUAGCAAACCAAGAUAAGCAGAUGCAGCUUCUGUCAAAUUCUUAAUCUUUGCUAAUGGAGAGGUCUUGCUAAAGAUACAGGAAAUUAUUUCUUGUUUGUGGGGAAAAGGAGGUGAUCCAUAUAUAUAUAUAUUGCAUAUAUAAAAUAUGAAUGCAUAUGUAUGUGAUAGAUUUCAUUAAUCUUCCCUUAAGCUCCAUCACCUUUAAUGAUAUGGCUUAGAAACAUUUGUGCAUUUUUAUAUUGCUUAAUGUUGGCUGUAGUGAAGUGAAAACCAGAAUUAUUGUACACACAGGAUUUCAGAAAUUUUUGCUACUGUGAACUCAUUCAUUGUUCUGUCAGUGGUAAGAACACUUAAUGAAACUACAGCUGAGCUCCUUUUCAUUCCAUUUUGUAACUAAGAUGUUAAUUAUCAUGGAAUCAGUAUAACUGCUAUUUUGGAAAAUUCAGCUAUUAUCAUUGUUAGGAUCUCUGCUUAAGUGUGUAUUCCACCCUUAUUAGGGAGGAGGUUCCUACUUCACACCCCACUGUUGGUUUUUUAUUUAUUUAUUUUUUUAAACAAUACCAUGUUUGUUUUAUGGGUGAGCAGGCAGACUCUAGGAGGUACGGUCAAUACAGGUUUUGGUCCAACUUUUUUUUCAUCUGAGGUGUUUCUGGGGUUGAGAAACUUUGUCCCAUACCAAAAGCAAGGCAGACGAUCAAAGGCUGAUGUAUUUUGGGUUUCUCCUUAUGAAAAGAAUACUUGAAGUCCCUAUUGAGCCUGAAAGAAUGGAGGUGAGUCAGGUCUUUUUAUCUCAACACCUCUUUAUUGGUGCCUGAGAGGUGACCUGAGAGCCUACAGCAGUGUAUUGAGUGUUGUACUCUAAGGGAAUUAGAAUCUUUCUCAAAACAACAAGGAACGUUGCUUUGUGUCAUACAAAUGCUCCACUGGGUAGUUUGGCUUCUUGAGCUGUAAGCUGUAAACUGCCAGUGCCCCAGGGGAAGAUGCUGGAAAACAAAAUGGUAUAUUUUUAAUGUGAUUAAUUUUUCAGUUCAGCUUUUUGCCUGAAGCCUGUUUCUCUCAGUUGCUGCUCCUUUUUUUAUUAUUCAUGGGAUUCCAUGUUUCUUCCAGAAAUGUAACUGUUAAUGCAAGUCAAGUGAAUCUUCCUUAAUGAUCUGGGUUUAUUCUAAACGAGUCAUUUAUAAUAGUAAAUUUGCAUAUCUUGAUAUUUUGUGAGAUGUUAUGCCUGUUUUGCAGAGGUUGGAUAGUUUUGUCUAUAAAUAUUGCUGUCCUAAUUGUACAGCAUGGUUUUAAUGUUACUAUUCAAUAUUUUCUUCUUAUAGAAGAGUCCCACGCCCUUUUUUUGUAUAUGUUUUAAUAAAUGUCAUCUGUCAACUUUGUAAAUGUUUUCUUAAGCUUGAAUGAAAGGAAUGCAUGUCUAGUACUAGUAUUUAAUAUUUCACUUCUGCCAAAACGAUAAGUGCUCAAAAAAAGUACAAAUCCAAAAGUUGUUGAUAUAUUACUUUAUUAA